AUGACUGCUGUCCUCCAAGCCACAGAUGUGCUAAGGAAAGACAAAAGCAUGGCUGCGUUCGAUGACAAUGCAAUCAACUUUACUCCUUCGACUGACUGGAAGGUGAAGUAUUUUGAGGUCGCCGAUAUGCUGGCAGAAACUCGCGCCGAACUCGAUGACUUCCACCAUUCCAGUAAAGAGUUGGAGGAGGAACUUGAGAGAGAAUUGGAGCGGACCGAGAAAGCGCAGCAGGACCUGAAGGUGAAGGUAGCCAGAGCCGAGCAGGAGAGGGAUGAGUGGAAGGCCAAAUUCAUGUCGCUACAAACGACGCACAAUACCACAACCACUUCACUGCAACGCGAAUUGGACACGUUGCGCGGGGAUUAUCAGAGGAUCAAGAUUCAACUCCGGGAGUUGGAGAUGGGCAAUGACGAUUUGGAGAGGAACGAGCGGGCGAUCGCAUCCAGUCUCGCAGAUAUUGAAGGGAAGUAUGCGCGGGUGCUGGAAGAGAAGAUCUUGCUCGAGCACGAGCUUCUAGAUAAAGCAAAUGUUGAGGAGGAGAGUCAACGCUUGAAGGAUGAACUAAGGGAUGCCAACGAGGAGAUCAAUAUCCUGAAGGACCAGCUGGGUGCUGCUCAUGCUCGUCCUACAACUGCUACAGAGUCAGGCUCUUCUGCACCAUCGUCUAUAGUAUCCCCCAGCACACCAUCUGUGUCCGAAGACAAUCUCCUCAACAUUCCUAUUCCGCCAGAUCUCUCCUUGACUGAUUUAUCU